AUGCGGCCGCACAGGGUGCGACUCACCCACAGCCUGGUGUCAAACUAUGGCCUCAACUCCAAGAUGUAUGUCCACCGGCCGCAGGCGCGCUCCAAGGAACAGAUAGAGGAGUUCCACUGCGAUGAUUACGUGGACUUCCUUAAUAGCGUGACCCCGGAUAAUCAGGAUGAGUUCAUCCUGCAAAUGCGCCGCUUCAACCUAGGGCCAGUCGGCGAGGCUGAUUGUCCCGUCUUCGAUGGCAUGUUUGACUACUGCGCGGUGUAUAGUGGGGGGUCUGUGGGCGGAGCCAUGCUCAUGAACGAGCAGAAGGCAGACAUCUGCUUGAAUUGGGCAGGCGGCAUGCAUCACGCCAAGAAGGCGGAGGCCUCGGGAUUCUGCUACAUCAACGACAUCGUGCUGGGAAUCCUGGAGCUGCUGAAAGUGCACCAGCGUGUGCUGUACGUGGACAUAGACAUCCACCACGGUGACGGCGUGGAGGAGGCCUUUUACCUGACAGACCGAGUGAUGACGGUCUCAUUCCACAAGUACGGCGACUUCUUCCCCGGCACUGGAGCGCUGGGCGACGUCGGGUACCAGGGCGGCAAGAACUACAGCGUCAACGUGCCCCUGCAGGAGGGCAUGGACGAUGACAGCUACAAGUUUGUCUUUGAGCCCAUCAUGCAGAAGGUGAUGGAGAUGUACCAGCCGGGGGCAAUAGUGGUGUGCGGGGGCGCGGACAGCCUGUCGGGGGACCGCCUCGGCUGCUUCAACCUGAGCCUGCAGGGCCAUGCUGCCUGCAUGGAGUUCCUGGCCGGCUUCGGCGUCCCCAUGCUCGUGCUGGGCGGCGGCGGCUACACCAUGCGCAAUGUCGCCCGCUGCUGGUGCUACGAGACCGGCCGGCUGCUUGGUCAGGAGCUGCCCGACGAGCUGCCAGAGGAGGCGCUGCGCUCGUACGACUACUACAUGGACACGCACCGGCUGCGCAUCAGCGUGAGCAACAUGAAGAACGCCAACAGCCGCGAGCAGCUGGAGCACAUCAAGACCACCGUGCUCCAGAACCUGGCCCAGCUCGACGCCGCCCCCUCCGCCCACAUGGCCCCCCGCCCGCCCGCCCACAUCAAGGCGGAGGAGCCAGAAGAGGACAUGGAUGUGAGGGGCGGCGGCAUUGCUGCAGACGAGCGCCGAAUUAUCAAGGAAGGUUACGAGUCGGACGAUGAGGAGGCCAAGCCCUUCGUCAACGAGCGGGUCGCAGGGGAGAUACCCUCCACAAUCCCCUCAGGGGCAACGCCAGUGAAGGCAGAGCCAUCGCCAAUAAAGGCAGAGCCGGCAGCGGUGAAGGCAGAGGACGCGAACGGAGUUCUGCCGCCGGGAACUGUCGGCCCCAAGAUGGAGCACGCGGCGGAGGCGACGCGCGGCCGGGACGAAAAAUAUAUCGCGCGCAUUCUGGACCCCGGGGCCGUCGCGCCAUCCACCCACACCAAUAUUGCGCCGCCCCCUGAGAGCGCCCCGGCCGGGUCCGCUGCCGGCAUCGCAACCCAGGAUCCCGGGCCGGUGCCGCCAGAGAAUGCUGGCAUCAGCAGGACCGGGCGCUCACCUUCCCCAAUGCCACAGCUGCCUGCCAGGACCACUCCACAGAAGGCUGUGCCACAGCAGCCGCCGGCUGGCGCUCAGGAGGGGCACCCACCGUUCGGCACAGCAGCGCAGAGGAUUUCCCCUGCGCCCAGCCCACCGCCGGGGCCUCCCUUUGGCAGCCCACCAAAUGGGCACCACUGAAAUUGCGACAGUAGGCGGCUGUAGCAUGUAGACUUAACUUAUAUGAAGAUAUGUAGACUUUCAAGAGUCUCAAGUGCUGGAAGAGCCACAUUCUGGGAUGCAGGGCAUGAAUACGUUGAACAACUGUAAAGCUAUAAGUGUGUGUGCAGAAGUGCAAGGACUGCCUGCAGGGCUGUGUUGAUUAUGCGAGUUGAUUACCUCUUGGAAGUGUACAGCGCUGUAGCUUUGGAAUAAGUGCGACAGCUGUAAGAACACCUGAAGAG